CACUCCAGAAAAAGUAUUAAAGUAUCAUGAAAACUGCAAUAAUCAUAACAUUACAAUAGCAAUAAUAAUUGAAAAUUAUAUAGAGUGUGUAUUUUUUCAUAAGAUAUAAGAAUUGUCAAAGUAGACGUAAUGGUGGGUCACUGCUCCACUUUCGAACAAUUCUUUGAAUUGAGUUCAGCUUGUUUAGUUUGUAUUCGCCUUCACAUACCAUCUCUUCCUGAUCUAGAAAGGUGAGUUACUAUGGACGAGGCAUCGCUGACCCAAACUUACCUCUGAAGGGUUAAGCGCAAAUAGGCUCUUAUCAAAAACAAUAAAAAAAAAGAUUAAAGAUAUAUAACGAUUUUUUAUUAUUUAAACUUUGCGUUUUCUUUAUUUUUACUCAGUUCGGGUUGGGUACAAGUAGUGACAGUGUGAUUCGUGCUGGUCGACUGAUUAAGUAAGUCAUAAAAAGUACCAAAUCGAACUCACUAAACAUAUAGAUACAUGUACUGUACUCUACAUGCUCGUAAAUGAAGUGACAAUUCGUCUUCGUGUAGAAAUGCGGUAUUUGGAAGUUGUCGUUUGGUCUGGCCUUAGCAUUGUUGUUGCUGUGGGUGGCAUUACAAUUUGGUUGGCAUAUCGCAAGAGAAACAGCAAUCGUCGGCGACUACCCAGCGCCAAUGAAUGGCAACAUUUGGGCACACUGAAAAUAAUAAAUUUUUAUCCUGUCAAGGGUGGUGCGCCCAUACGACUGGAGCAAGUGGAAUGCUCGGAGUUUGGUCUGCAUUCGAGCGGCAUCUGGGAGCGUUGCUUGAUGGCAUAUGAUGAGUGCGGCGCAGUGGUAUAUUCUGGCUCCUAUCCACGCAUGCUCAGUGUACAUCCCGAGAUUGUGAGUGAAAUGGUAUUGCGUUUGGAAGCACCGAAUAUGUCACCUAUAAUUAUGGACUUGAGUGAGCUACUGACAGAACCCUAUGCAGUUGUAGAAAAACGAGAAAACGGCAAUGUCAACCGUUUGGUAGAAUGUCGAGCCGAACAUCAUGUAUGGCUCUCACGCGCAGUGCUCCAGCGUGAGCAUGGUUUGCGGCUGUAUGUGAAAUUAAAACCAUAUCCGGGAGAGAAGUUGGAUAUUGCUCCAGUUAUGGUAAUGCAUGAUCGUUCCGUGCAUGAUCUAAAUGAACGACUAAGCGGUAAAACGAAAGUGGACUGUCAACAGUUUCGUGGCAAUAUCGUAGUCGAUAGCAAUGCGAAUAUUCCACCAUACAACGAAGAUAACUGGCUCUGGUUGCGUAUCGGCUCAGAUGUUGAAAGCUCGGUAGUUAUGCACUACAACUCGGACUGCCUGCGUUGUAUUUUGGUAAAUGUGAAUGUGGAGAAUUAUACGAGAAACUCUGAUUUCGAACCACUAAGAAUGCUAAAGAAAUAUCGACUGCGUCAAAAUUCUAGAGAACCGACUAUGGGUGUUUAUUUUGAUGUUUAUAAAUGUGGAAUCCUUAAGAUUGGGGAACAAAUCUAUGUCAAUUAUGCGUAAAAAAAUUAUGCGUUCAAAAAACUUAUCUUAUUAGGUAGGAUUAUAAUGUGUGUGCUUUUUAAUACAUCAGAGAAUAUAUUUUUGUAAAGGAGAGUAACAAAAAGCUUUAAAAAAGCUCUUUUCAUUAUAUUAAUAAAUUUCUCAGCAUGCCGGCUAAUUCA